AACCGAAACGGUUGGAAGCAGUUUGAGGAAAGCAGUGAGAACGUUUGGUUCUAAGUUAUUUUUCUUUGUGCUGUAAAGCAUUUUAGCAUUCAUUAAAAUGGCGAUGGGAACUACGCAAGGGAAGGCUACUGGGUGGCCUAGAAGAACCAGUAAUAGUUCUUUUGAGGGAAAAGUUGUUCCGAAUCAAUCUAUAACUAUCAACAGGACAGUUAAUUUAUAUCCUUUGACAAACUAUUCAUUUGGAACAAAAGAGCCACUCUUCGAGAAAGAUCCAUCGGUGCCAGCAAGGUUUCAACGUAUGAGAGAUGAAUUUGACAAAAUUGGAAUGCGAAGGAGCGUGGAAGGAGUUCUCUUGGUUCACGAACAUGGAUUACCCCAUGUUCUGCUGCUUCAAUUGGGAACUACAUUCUUCAAAUUACCUGGUGGAGAACUAAAUGCUGAAGAAGACGAGGUAGAGGGCCUAAAACGGCUCCUUACUGAGACAUUUGGACAACAAGAUGGAGUCAAACAGGAAUGGGUGAUAGAAGAUAGCAUUGGAAAUUGGUGGCGACCAAACUUUGAACCACCUCAAUAUCCGUAUGUUCCACCUCACAUUACCAAACCAAAGGAACAUAAAAGGUUGUUUCUUGUACAAUUACAGGAAAAAGCUCGAUUUGCAGUACCAAAAAAUUACAAAUUAGUUGCUGCACCAUUAUUCGAAUUAUAUGAUAACUCUCAAGGAUAUGGACCGAUCAUUUCUAGCUUACCACAGUCACUUUGCAGAUUUAAUUUUAUUUACAUGUGAAAAAGGAUAUCGAAAUA